UGAGGGCCCGGGGUGCGCGGCUGGAGACCUGAGGGCUAGGAGCGAGGACACACACCGAGGACUAGUGCAAGGGAUCCCGGGGCCCAGCUCGGCCUCCCUCCUAGCGCUGGGGGCCUGCCCGGAACCCCAGAGUCCGCGGCUGUCCCUGGGGCUUGGCGCUGCGCGGAAGUCGGGUCUGGGGACCGCAGCGACCCUGGGUCUUCGGGUUGUCCCCUGGGAGGGAGGGCCCACGGGCAGGGACAUCGGGGCUUGCCCUUCCCUCGGCGCGGUGGAGCUGGGGCGUCCCCGACUCAGAGGGUGCUUUCCGAGACCUCCAGGGAUCCCCGAGGCGAGGAAACCCGGGCCCCGGACAGACCGACCCUGGGCUGAAGCUGAGGCCCCCGUCUGCUCUGUGGACUCACAGUUUGUGGCAAGACAAGCUCAGAACUGAGAAGCUGUCACCACAGGCAUUGUUCUAAGACACAUCAUGAACAAAACCCAUGACACCCUCGUCUGUGAGAGCUGAUGCUGUGGCAGGGACAGACAGGUCAUGAGUGGAGUGAUGGAGCAGCUGGCCUGCUUGGAGCUUGGCUGCGCAACCAACACCGUCCAGUCACGAUGGUGGACACAGAAAGCCCGCUCUGCCCCCUCUCCCCACUCGAGGCUGGCGAUCUAGAGAGCCCGUUAUCUGAAGAAUUCCUGCAAGAAAUGGGAAACAUCCAAGAGAUUUCGCAAUCCAUCGGCGAGGAUAGUUCUGGAAGCUUCGGUUUUACAGAAUACCAGUAUUUAGGAAGCUGUCCUGGCUCAGAUGGCUCGGUCAUCACGGACACGCUUUCACCAGCUUCGAGCCCCUCCUCGGUGACUUAUCCUGUGGUCCCCGGCAGCGUGGACGAGUCUCCCAGUGGAGCACUGAACAUCGAAUGUAGAAUCUGCGGGGACAAGGCCUCAGGCUACCAUUACGGAGUCCACGCGUGUGAAGGCUGCAAGGGCUUCUUUCGGCGAACGAUUCGACUCAAGCUGGUGUAUGACAAGUGCGACCGCAGCUGCAAGAUCCAGAAAAAGAAUAGAAACAAAUGCCAGUAUUGUCGCUUUCACAAGUGCCUUUCUGUCGGGAUGUCACACAACGCGAUUCGUUUUGGACGAAUGCCAAGAUCUGAAAAAGCAAAACUGAAAGCAGAAAUUCUUACCUGCGAACGUGACAUAGAAGAUUCUGAAACCGCAGAUCUCAAAUCUCUGGCCAAGGGAAUCUAUGAGGCCUACCUGAAGAGCUUCAACAUGAACAAGGUCAAAGCCCGGGUCAUCCUCUCAGGAAAGGCCAGUAACAAUCCAGUAGGUGUUUGCGGCCGUUCUGGGUUCUCUUGGCAACAUGGAACCAGUGUCGUAGGGAAUGAUGAAGGACACAUAUGUUGAAUGUUGAGAAAAUUAUAUUUAUCCCACAGUUAAGCAAAGGACAGCGACAAUAGAAAUAGUUCAUUCUGAGACUCUGAGCUGUAGCUUAACAACAACUCCUUUCUUCUUGCUUGGAAUCACCUCAAAGAUCUUAGCCACCAAAUUAUUAUAUUGGUUAUGUAAUUAAUACACUUAGAAAAAAAAAAAAACAGGCCGGGCGCGGUGGCUCAAACCUGUAAUCCCAGCACUUUGGGAGGCCGAGACGGGCGGAUCA